CUAAGUGUUGUUGUUGUGGUUCGAGAGACUUCCACGACUUCGCACGAGGCGGACGUGCACCAUUUCGUCCUCAAGCUCCACUGUGUAAAGCCGCGUGUUUCCAUUAGCGAUGGCGGAUAAUAAGAGCAAGGCUGCUGCCUUGAAGGAUGAGGGUAAUGCUGCUCUUAGUGCCGGAAAUGUGCAAGAAGCUGUUAAUAAAUACUCAGAAGCUAUUGCCCUAGAUCCAGAGAACCAUGUAUUGUAUAGCAACAGAUCAGCUGCUUAUGCAAAGAUGGAAAAGUACCAUGAGGCUCUUUUAGAUGCAGACAAGACUGUACUAUACAAGCCUGAUUGGGGAAAGGGCUAUUCUCGAAAAGGAGCAGCGUUAACAUAUCUAGGCCGUUUAACAGAGGCAGUCGCUGCUUAUGAGAAAGGGCUGCAGUUAGAUCCCAACAACCAGCAACUAAAAGAUGGUCUUGCAGAGUGCAGGGCAAAGAUGGCAAGAGAUGGUCCGAGCAAAAUGAUGAAUCCUUUCAGUAAUCCAAAUGUAAUGGCUCGUCUGGCAACAGAUCCUCGUACUCAAGAAUACAUGAAGGACCCAGAAUAUGUCAAGAUGAUCAACGAACUCUCUGCCAAUCCCGAGGCCCUUGGUACAAAGUUGAAUGACAAGAGAGUCCUAACCACCUUAAGUGUCCUGUUAGGAAUGGACAAAGGAGGAAUGUCUAUGGACGAAGAUGAUGAGGAGGAACCCGAUCCCUCACCUCCCCCCAAGAAGACCCCGACACCACCCCCCAAGAAAGAGGAGAAGAUGGAAGUUGACAAGACUCCAGAGCAGUUGCAGGCCCUCAAAGAAAAGGAUGCUGGCAACGAAGCCUACAAGAAGAAGGACUUCCAAAAGGCUUUGGAGCACUAUGAUAAAGCUGUUGAAAUUGACCCAGUCAACAUGACGUUCUAUAGCAACAAAGCAGCUGUCUAUUAUGAAAUGAAGGAAUACGAGAAAUGCAUUGCUGCUUGUGAGAAGGCUGUGGAAGUAGGAAGAGAAAACAGAGCAGACUUCAAGCUUAUAGCUAAAGCACUAACUAGAAUUGGUAAUGCCUACAAAAGCUUAAAGGAUUAUCCCAAGGCCAAAACCUUUUAUGAAAAAUCCCUGUCUGAACAUAGGACUCCAGAAACAAAGGAAAUUCUAAGCAAGCUGGAGAGGCUAAUGAAGGAGCAGGAGCGGCUGGCUUACAUUGACCCAGGCAAGGCAGAGGAGGAGAAGGAGAAGGGCAACAGCUGCUUCAAGAAGGGAGACUAUCCUUCUGCCAUCAAGCACUACACCGAGGCUAUCCGACGAAACCCUGACGACCCGAAGAUUUACAGCAACCGUGCUGCCUGCUACACCAAGCUGGCUGAGUUCAACCUGGGCCUCAAGGACUGCGAAGAGUGCAUAAGGCUGGAUCCCAAUUUUGUUAAAGGCCAUAUUCGCAAGGGGAAAAUCCACCAGGUCUUGAAGCAGUUUACCAAGGCACAAGAUUCCUACCAAAAGGCAAUCGACCUUGAUCCCAACUGCCAGGAGGCACUUGAUGGUUUCCGUGAAUGUAUGAUGGCUGCCAAUAGUGACCCUGAAGAGGUGAGAA